CUUAAAAAAAGGACGUCUUUUUAGAUAAUGCUAAUGGGGAGUCGUCAGUUACUGGGUGGUAAAAAUGUCUGCCAGUUGGCUAACAUUGGACAGUCAACAAACAUUGUAUGGCACAAAAGUUCAGUUGAUAAGCUAGCCCGGCAAGAAUUACUUCAGCAAAAAGGUUGUGUAAUAUGGAUUACAGGUCUCAGUGGCUCAGGGAAAAGCACUUUGGCAUGUGCUCUGAGCCGAGCCUUGUACUCAAGGAGUAAGUUGUCUUACAUCCUUGAUGGUGACAAUAUUCGGCAUGGUCUGAACCGAAACCUUAGUUUUAAAGCAGAAGAUCGAGCAGAAAACAUAAGAAGAAUUGGGGAGGUCGCAAAGCUCUUUGCAGAUGCUGGCAUUAUAUGCAUUGCCAGUGUUAUAUCCCCUUACAGAAAGGACCGGGAUGCAUGUCGUGCUAUGUUGCCAGUGGGAGAUUUCAUUGAGGUGUUCAUGGAUGUGCCACUCCAAAUAUGUGAGUCCAGGGAUCCAAAGGGCCUGUACAAGCUUGCCCGGGCCGGAAAAAUUAAAGGUUUCACUGGUAUUGAUGACCCUUAUGAACCACCACUGAAUUGCGAGGUAACAUUGCAGUACAACAAAAACAACUGUACUUCCUCCCCUAAUGACAUGGCUGAAACUGUGAUAUCCUACCUAGAGCAAAAAGGGUUCCUGCAGGCAUAAGCCGAGAAGGCCUUUAAUGGUUUGUUUAGCACUGAUUCCCUUGUAAUAUACAUCAUCCCAAGUCAUUCUUUCAUGCAGCUAGGAUAUCUCUGGUUUCCCAUGUUUAUUGAUGCAAGGAAAGCCAAUUUGUUGUUGUAUAGAUCCAGUAACUGUCAGUGAUGCAAUUUUUUUCUUUGGUAAGUGUCUGGUUUUUGCAUUUGUAAAAUAUUGCCAUGUAAUAUGUAGCAUUUGCUUUGCAGUAAAAGUAAUCUCACAUU